AUGGAUGAUGAUGACGAUGAUGAUAGUAAUAAUAAUAAUAAUAUGUACGCCGCAGCAGCACGGCGAUGUGUUUCGUCCGGUAUAACGUCGCUUUGGCCGGUAUUUCGGGUGCUUGCGUAUACACACGGUCGACCGAACAAAGGCGGAUCAGCUGCUGCUGCCCGGCGGCCGCAAGGGUUGCGGAAAAGGUUAGACCGCCUGUGCAUGUAUAGGGGGUGGGGGAAACGGAUAGCUGGCCAACUCCAGACUGCAGAAAAAGGGUUACGUCGUCGUUCUCGCAUCGGUACUUUGGACUACAGCGGUCCUACAACACGCGUACGUGGUACACACGACGCCAAGUCCCGAAAUCAAUAA